AUGAAGAGAAAUCAGAAUAAGAUUUAUCUAACCGUUGAAAAGCUACAUCAUAGAGUAGUUCACAAUGCACAGCCCACAAGCAAUAAAAUAGAAGCUGAUGGCAAUUCUGAUCAUAAAAAUAUUACUUACACGAUUGACUACGACCAGGGCGAAACGUUGGAAAUUAAAGAUGAAAUUAUCGAAGUUCCAGGAAGUUCUUCAAUAAAAAGCAUAAAACCAGCCAAUAAUAAAGAAUAUCACUUGAAAGAAUGCACUGUUGAUAUAAGAAAGAACGAAAAGCUGAUUGCUUCCAGGAUGCGUCAGCUGAAAUACCAGCAAAAUAUUAAAAAAUCUGAAAAGCAAGUGAAAAAGAAAUACGAAUGCAGCAAAUGUGGCCGAUGUUAUAGCUAUAUGCGAGGUCUGAAAAGCCAUCAAAGAUACGAGUGCGAUGCAAUACCACAAUUUACGUGUUUGGUAUGCAAUAAAAAAUUUAAACAAAAGAGUGUUCUACGUCGCCAUGUGGGUCAAGUACAUCUGAGUUUGAAAGAAGCCAUUGGGACAUCGAAAACAAGGCAUAAUUGUCACGAGUAUUAUCAUAGUUACAUGCUUCAAUAUAAUUCUGGGAUUUCGAAGAACCAAGGGACAAAAGAUAAUCGUUUAAAAAAGGAUAAAAUAGACACCAAAAUAAGUUCGAAUGAAAAGGAUUUGACGUUUACACUAAAAUACCGCAAAGAAGGAAGUUCGGAAAUCAAGGAGAAAGUCAUCAAAGGUGAAGGAAGUUGUUCAAAUAGAGACAUGGAACCAAGUGACAAUCUGAAAUAUUUGUCUCGUAUAAAAAGGGAUGAUACCUCAGCUGUUUACAAGAUUGCACCAAAAAAGAUGCAGAAAAUACGAGAUUCUAAAGCUGAAGCGAAACAGCAGUAUAAAUGCGAAAAAUGCGCUAGAAAUAAACAAAAGUCCAAGAGGAAAUCAAAAAAGUCAACAGGAAGAGGGGAUGGUGGACCAUAUUCUUGUACAACUACGAACAUUUCUUCUGACAAAAAGUCUGGUACCAAGACUUUAAUUGAAUACGACAUUGACGAAACUUUGGAAAUCAAGGAAGAAAUUAUUGAUGAUUAUGAAUCUGCGGAAAGCCAGAAACCUAUUCAAAAGUACGAAUCAAAAUUGUUUGCCGUAGGUAUCAGAGAACAUCGUGAUGUUUUAGCAUAUAAGUGCGAUAAGUGUCACCUGAGGGAAGAGCUUAAUCUUAUUCCUGAAAGAAAUCAAUUCGAAGAAAAGUUUAUAACUGCUGAUAUUUCUUCUGGCGAUUAUUCUGUUUCAAAGACUUUCAUUAAAUAUGAAAGUAACGAAACUUUCGAAAUCAAGGAAGAAAUCCUCCAAGAUGAAGAAUCUUCCUGGAAAGAAGUGACACACCAAGAAAGUAUUAAAACAUAUGAUUCAAAAUUGUCUUCCCUAAAUAUGAGAGAAACUGAUAAUGUGACUUCGAAGAAGAAAGUUAGUUGCCAAAAAAGGCAGAAAACUAAGGAUUCAAAACCGGAAAAGAUGUACAAAUGCGAAAAGUGUGCUCGAAGCUAUACACAAAGACAAAAUUUGUAUCGUCAUAAAAGGCUCGUUUGCUACGUCAAUCCAAGAAUUCAAGAAACAAAACAAAAAUCGCAACAAAAGUUCAAGUGUGAAAAGUGUACUCGAAUCUAUAAAUGGAAAUUUAGUUUAAAUUUUCAUCAAAAGUACGAAUGCGAUGUCACCCCACAGUUUCAUUGUGAACUCUGUGGCAAGAGCUUUAAACAAAAAGGUGCCUUGAAUCGCCACUUGGGUAUUGUGCAUAUUAACACAAAUCCAUACCUCAGUGUGGCCAUUAAAUCACAAUUUAUUUGCGAUAUUUGUGGCCACACAGCGACAGGAAAAGUUCAAAAAGCCAAGAUUGAGUCGAGGAAAUCACCAGGAAUAAUGGCUACUGGACCAUAUUCUUAUCCAGCUACUGAAAUUUGUUUGGGCAAUAAUUCUGGUGCCAAAACUUUAAUUGAAUAUAUAAAUGAUAAAAAUUUGGAAAUCAAGGAAGAAAUCAUCCAAGAUAAACUGCCGACCAAGAAAAAGCAAAACAUUGAGGAUUUAAAACAGGAACCAGAAAAUAAAUACAGAUGCGAAAAGUGUGCGCGCAGAUAUAAGUGGAAAAAGCAUUUGAAUCACCAUGUAAAAUACGAAUGCGACGUCAUUCCACAGUUCACAUACCAAGAAACAUUUGUCAAGGUGGAAGAUGGACUACAUUCAUCGUUCCACUAUACAACAAUUGAAAUUUCUUCUCACAAUAAUUCUGAUGUCAACACUUCAUUUGAGUACUGCAAUGCCGACAUUUUGGACAUCAAGCACGUAAUCAUCCAAGAUCAAGAGCCGGAGGAAUUUACGGACAAAAAAAUUGCGAAAUUAAUACAGGAACCGGAAAAUAAAUACAAAUGCGAAAAGUGUGCCCGCAGAUAUAAGUGGAAAAAGCAUUUGAAUCAACAUCUAAAAUAUGAAUGUGACGUCAUGCCACAAUUCGGAUGUCAAUUUUGCGGGGAUCUAUUUAAACGAAAGAGUAUCUUGAAUAGACACGUCAAUCAUAAAAAAACUUCUUUAAAAACAACUAUACGAGGAAAAAGAAAUGUAAAAUAUCGAAAAGGAACCGAAGGUGAGAUGCAUACUUCUUUUCAAUGUGUUUAUUUUUUGGAAUAUAAACCAACUAGUGAAAAUUCUUCUGACAAUUUUGGUGCCAAGACGUCAAUUGAAUACGACCAUAAUGAAACUUUAGAUAUCAAGGAUGAAAUCUUCCAAGAUCGAGAGUCGAAAGAAGUUACGGGCCAAAAUCUCGAGGAAAAAUAUGUUGUAAGACCGGAACUAGAAAAGAAAUACAAGUGCGAAAAGUGUGCACGCAGAUUUAAAUGGAAAAAGCAUUUGAAUCACCAUCUAAAAUACGAAUGCGGUAUUAUUCUACAGUUUACAUGUAAAUUCUGCGGCAAACAAUUUACAAGGAAAAGAAACAUGACUCGCCAUGUGGCUCUUGCACAUCUUAAAACAGAAUUACAGCCAUCGAAAAUGAGGCAUAAUUGCGACCAAUGUCGUAGGUUGAUGAUAAUCGGCAAUGAAAGAAAAGUUUUCGACGCUUGGGAUCGUAAAAGAAAAUGCUAA